AUGAGUUCUUCUUAUAAAAAUCAAAAUCAGAAUCAGAAUCAAAUCAAUAAUUUGUUAAAUGAAGAAGGUAAAUGCUUUCAAGAAAUUCAAGAAACCAUUUCAUUAUUGAUCGCAGAUGUGGAUCCAAACUUACUGGAAGAAGAAAAAUUAGAAUUGCAAAUUGAAGCAUGUUGUCGAUUAAUAUCAGUUUCAGAUAAAAUUACUCAAUUCGAAAGUGAAUUGAUUAAUGAUUUAAAAAGACAUGAUCAUGAUUAUGUUUCUUUACAAAAAUUUAUUAAAGAAAAACAAGAACAGUUAGACUUCAUGAUUCAAAAUUUGACAUCCCCAAAAUUGAGUUGGUUGCAUUCAAAAAAGUGA